CAUUCCUCUUCCCAUAAGCUUUUCAUGUUGUUAUCAUCAAUGGAGAUAAUAGGGUUUUAGCUAAGGAAAACAAACAAAAAAAAUCACUUAAUCAUUCUAAAAUGUCGUCGUUGACGUUGAAACCAAUAUUUCUGUUGCAGUCUUACGGUUCUUCGUCAGUCGAUAGUCGACGGCUUUGUUCUUUAAUUAGCUUCCAGAAGAAGAAAACGUUUCGCAAACAAAGAUUUACUUUGAGAGCUCAAUCCUUCGAUUCAUCUCCAAAUAACAACGAAAAUGACAGUAAAAACGAUUCCAAACCUCCCAACGGCUCUAUGCAAAAGAGCAGAAGAGAAAUUCUAUUGGAGUAUGUACAAAAUGUACAACCAGAAUUCAUGGAGUUGUUUGUCAAAAGGGCCCCACAACAGGUAGUUGAUGCGAUGCGCCAAACUGUGACAAAUAUGAUUGGAACUUUACCUCCACAAUUUUUCGCCAUUACUGUAACCACGGUCGCCGAAAAUCUUGCUCAGCUUAUGUAUAGUGUGUUGAUGACUGGAUAUAUGUUUAGGAAUGCUCAAUUUCGACUAGAAUUGCAACAAAGCCUGGAACAGGCUGCCCUUCCUGAAGCACAGGAGGAAAAGGUAAGUACUUUUUGGUGUGUUGAUUUUGUUGCCAUUUUCUGGAACUAUAUUAAUUACUACUCUUUACUGCCAAAUAAUGCAUCAGUUUCAAUUUGGAUUAUUUACUUCAACAUUAUCUUGGUUGUUUUGGAGUUAUUCAUGUCUUCUCUCAGGUUGAAGUCUCUUAGCAUCACUCAUGGGAUAAAAGACAUUUAACACUAAAUAGUAAACGGAUUAAAACGGGCAAAUGAAAAUUUAAAAAUAUUCCUCAACGUAAGGCUGAUGGGAAGUGAGCAUCCAUUCUCUUAUCUUAGGUAGGUGCACAUCUUCCAAGUUAGCAGGGUAGUCAACUUGCUGUUUUUAAUACAAGAGAUGGAAGGGUAAAUGAUAUUAAUCUGUUCGUAAAACUAUUUCUGGUUUGUCUCUCUUUGUUCUCCAGAAAACUUUGACCGGAAAAGAACAUAUGAUUUUGUUUAAAGAUCACGAUGUCACAAUAAAAUGUUGACUGAAUAACAAGGAAAAGAUUUUAGUAGCUUUUUAACUUAUUCAUAGAGAAGCUUUCA